CAGCUGAAUCUGCUGUUGUAUUCUUUGUGCAUUUUUAAAAAAUAAUUUAGAUUAAUUUUAGAGAAUUAUGUCGAACGAUAACACUUUAGAUUUGCACUAUGUGCAACAGAGUUUUCAGCGAAGUCUCAAAGAAGACGACGAUGUCGUCAUUGAGGCUUACAUUGAUGGAUACAACGAACUCGUAAAGUUCUUAAAUCUGAUUGGAUCGGUGUUUUCGUUCGUGAGUAGCGACGUAAAGAGUAAGAUUAAGGUGAUGGAGAAACAUAGGGAAGGGGAGACUGCUGUGUACUAUGAGUCUUUUAAGAAAAUGAUGAAGUAUGAGAAAGAAACGAGUCUCCACGACAAGAGCGGGUUUGUGUCGGGCUCGCGGACAAUGUUGCGAUUGCAUAGAGGCUUGGAUUUCAUCCGAUUAUUCUUGAAGCGGCUGAGUGAAGGUGACGAGACUAUGAGCACCUGCUACACGUGCCAGGGCUCGUACAAUGAAACGCUAGCCGAGUUCCACCCGUGGUACAUCCGUAAAGCCGCCACUCUUGCCAUGCACGCACUGCCAUCUAGACCAGAUUUAUUAAAAAAGAUAUUCGGGUCUGAAGAGAGCCUGACCGCAGCUAUGGCCAUCCUUCCUCAGACACUGAUGUCGUGCGACGAGGUAUACAGGCGAGUCGAGCAGUUGUACACAGACUUUGAGUUCCAUGAGUUGCCAUAGACAAAACAGACCACCAGUGUUCCAGACGAUUCCAGCUAAUGUUGCCAGUGUAAGAGGUAAUCGCGCUUUCAGUGUUGCCUGUUAAGUAAUAAUUUUAUGAGGCUGGUUGUCUUUUUGGACGCCUACUAAGUAAAAUGUUUAAGCUAAAAAACUUAAAAUUUUAAAAUUAUAAUAAUCUGAAGUAAGCAGUAUAAAACCAGUUCACAAUAAAUGCUGAUAUUGCAGAAUGAACAAAGAAAUACUUCCAUGCGUAUGCAUACUGAAUAGAAACGUACCUAAUAUUGAAUCGAUUGAUAGAUAUGUACUUGUUAUAAGAACAACUUUGCUUGGAAUACCCUGUAUCAGAUAAGUUAAAGUUAAAAAUAAGAUGAUGGUACAAAACUAAAGCAGGUCUGAUCAUAACAUCUUACACUAUUGAAUAUCAACUUGAUUGUUUUCAAGGGCUACCUAAACAAACUCCGACAAACUUUACUUCGACAUGUUACUCCGACACUACUGAAUAUCGACAUAACUUCGACACUACACUACUCAGACAAAGGAUAUUACGCCUUUGUACACGAAUUCCAUUCCAUUUAGACACGAAUUUUUUCGCCCUUUAUAAGUAUUUCCGACACUCCGUAUUCGAUAGUGCAGUAUAAGGAAAGGAAAACUUCGAUUCCUAAGUCAGUAAAUAUCUUUUAUUCCUUAUUAAAUGGAAGGAGACUGCGAAAUGUUUAUAUCAAUAGAAACUGAUAAUUUACGAUACAAUUUAAUUGUAGGUAAUUGUUUUUGAAGUCACGUAAUCUUGUUUUGCUAUCACGUUUGCUAUAACUACAACCAAGGUCGCUUAUUAAUGUUUUGCUCGUGUUUUAAAACACUGUGCAGUUUUUAAUCCUACUUUUUGAAAGAUAUUUGGCUAGAAUGUUGUUUUGAAUUUGGCGCUUUAGCUUAAUUUCCUUUCCACUGACGUUAUUUUUAUAGUUCUUAUUUGAUUCUUUCCAUAUAAUAAGAAAUAAAGAGAUUAUCAAUUAAAGAUACUUCUAUUGAACACUAUCUACUGAUAACAGUAAUUUCAUUUUAUCGGUGUUGUAAAAUUGAUGACGUAAGUUUGACGUGGCCCUUAUCAACGAAGGGAUUAACUUUGGUGCCGCUUUUAAUCGACUUUGUCCAGCUGAUUGCUUGCUAUUAAAAUGUAUUUAGCUAAAGGAGUUAGAAUACGACCGCGAACGGCGCAGGCGCAAA